AACCUUAAAUUGUAGUUUUAAAGUACAGAAAUUCAGGAAAUAAAUUUUACAGAAUAAUAUUUUAGUAAAGAGGAGAACAGAACGCAACAGGUCUCCUGUGGAAGUGUGGUUACUUUCUUUAAUAUGUUUUCUCCCACUUAACACAUGUCCAGAUGUAUAUAUUUCUAUAUUUCCAUUUCUGUUAACUGUUUCCAGCUUCUCCUUGGGCUCCCUCCAUCACUACUUAGAAAUUUUUCUUCCAUUCUAAAAGUGUACAUGCUGUUACUUCGUGUGGCUGUGAGUGAUCCGUAGAUGAAAGAUACUUGGAAAGAGAAUAAAAAUAAACAAAACACUUGAGAGAUUUCUGGAGUGCUCUUAAAGUGGUGGUACAUGAGCCAUUUCAGAAGUUGGGUAAGAUUUGAAUUAGCAUUUAAAUGCAUUGAACUUUUGAUGAGAAGUUCUAUAAAAUGCAAAAUAGAUUUCUGAGUUCAAUCCAAAAGAAGGACUUCCUUUGCAGCCUCUGGGAAAAUUAUGAUGCCUCUUGAAUGAUCAGAUUUAGAUUUUUAUCCAUUCUGUUCAUUCAGUGGCAGAUAAUUGUGCAAUAGUAAAUGGAUUCAGGGGCCGUUAGAAAUUUCAGUCACUACUAAAAUGAUUCUUGACAGCUUCAGCACUACUUUUAGUGGCCGCUCACAAUUUGAAAAAGCCUGUCAUAAGUGAUACAAUUUUUACUACAAGUUAGAAGUUGGAACAGAGUUUUGUGUAAAAAUGUAUGGGUCUUUUUCCUCGAGUUCUAGAGACUCUUUUUUUUUUUCCAAUAGCUUGAGCAAAUAGAGCAACAGAAACAGGAACAGCUGGCCUUGCUGAAACAAAUUGAAGAAGAGAGGGCACAUCUGGAAAUCCAAAUGCAAACCUGUUUGGAAGAAACUAAGAACAAAAAGGAGGGGGAAGAGAGUAGUCAACCAGUACAAAGCUGCAGCGUUCCUUCUACAGAUCAACAGAAGAAAACAGAACAUGAGUCUGGAAGUACUGCUGUGCCAGAAACCAGAAGUCCUGGAGAAGACAGGCACUUACAGGUGAUUCGUAAUUAUCAACAGCGUCUUCUACAACAAAAUAGGCUACACAAACAGACGAUCAAUGAAGCUAGAAUACGUCUACAAGAAUAUCAGAAUAAAUUGAAGCAAAGAUACUUGACUGAUCCUGUGAAAGUUUUAAGCUCUGUGGAAACAACGUCAGUUAAUUUAAAGCUUAUCUCAGAACCAGUUGAACAGAGGCAGAGAACGCAGUCUCUGCAGACCCAGUCACCUGCAGAAGACCACACGCUGUCACUACCUCUUCCCUACAACAUGUGCAAUCUUCCUGAAAAUGCAUCUUCACAAAAACAUGGAGAGAAAAUGCACAGUGUUUAUCCUGGUAGGCACCUACAUCCUCUAGAACCAUCGAAUUUGAAGUUUGGAGAGAUUUGUUUGCCACGGAGCUGUUCUUUGCAAGAACAAGUGGGAAUGUUGGACACCUCCAGCAGUGAGGUCAGAGAACCAUCUGUGUUCCAGUUACCAUCAGCGUUGGUCACUCAAGAUGUUUCUCCAGACAGAACGCAACUGAAAGCACGUGUACAACAGGUUAGAUUUGCCUUACCUGCAGAACAUUCCUCUGAGCCUUCAGAAACAGAGCACUUUAAGGCAUCAGACCUCAGAUGGUCUAACCAUCAAAUGGAAACACAAGCUGAGGAAGAGCCUCCGCCUAUGACACCCCUUAUGGCAGCAACAAAAGGAUCUCCUGUAGUGCAGGCAGCCACAGUUGAUUCUUUGGCAUGUCAGCAGGGGUCUGCAGAGAGCCCCACCAGAACAAGCCUUGAACCCAGUUCUGUUUCUGGACCUGUGUCUUUAUCUCAUGAAGAAGGCGUUGAGGAAUCCUUAGUAUCAGAAAGUGGAGAUGCAUCUUUGUUAAAUUAUUCCUGUAUACUGAAUUUAAGGGACAGAGUGUUGGCCUCAUCAGAAAGCAUCCAAGCUCAGCAGCAGUAUUUGAAAGAAUUGCAAGAGCAGCUAGAUGCACAUAGAGAAGCUCUUCUUUCUAGACAGAAAAUACAAGAACAGCUACUUAUGCAGAAACAGGAUAAACUGAGGGAACAGAUGCAGAAACAACAAGAGGCUUUGGAAGAAUUUCUGAACAAGCAGGUAAGACACAGCAACAUGAGUGGAGUAAUGACAGAGCCACAGAGGCCUGACUGGAUUAGUAAGAGUGACUUUUUCCAGGACUCAGAAAACUACCAGGAAGAGAACUGUGACAUGAGUAAAUUUUACAGAGAUGAAAUGAUUUCACAGUACAUCAGACUAGCUGGGCAAAUUGAACAGCCUGAAGAAGUUCUGCAUAGAGACCAGAAAUUGAGGUUUUCCAGACCUCCUGUGACAAAAGUGAAGUUGAGGCUUGGUUUGGAACAGCACGAACUUAGUGCUAUUCCAGAAGUAGACACACCAAGGAGUUGCAAUCUUUCUUUUGCAGAUAAAACAAGUUCUGCUGGUGGAAAACCUUCUCCCAUUUCAACUGUUGGGGAGUUUGCGCAUAGGAAAUGUUAUGGUGAUGCUCUUCAUGAAGAAGGCAGGUCACCUGAGAGCAUAACGAGCUAUGAGCAGCAAAUCUCUGUAGAAAGCCCAAGGCAAAGCAAACAGCCUGGAUUAUUACAAGAGCUGCUGAUGAUGUCUACUGAAAAUUCAUAUAAUUCAGGUGAGGAAAUCCUCUUUCUUCUGGGACCUAUGUGAGUACCAUUCUGUACUGCUAAUUUAACUGCUGUUUAUCUGGAGGAUGUGACCUGACUUGUUAAAGAUCGCAGAGUGCUAUUUAAAUACUGUUUAAUUUCGAUUGUAAAAAAUGAUAUUUCAGUAAGUGCCUCUUAGGACUGAGUUUUGAUUUUGCUUGUUGUUUGUGACCCACUACCAUUGUAGCAAUCCAUGGUCACACUGCAGAUCUUUGCCAGUCAGCAGUUUUUCAUCCAAAGCACGCAUUGUGAAUCUGUAACUCAUGGAGCUGUCUGUAAAGAGACCUCUUUUGCAUCACCUGAUUGCCCUGCUGUAGCAGCAGGCUCUCAUAUGUGUACAGAGUAAAAUGCUAGAUUAGAAGUUGUGUUCUUCCUCUAAGAGAGAGAACUUCCCAGAGUACAUGUGAGAUGCUCAGAUGUGUACCUUCUCCACGUGAGAACCUGGAGCAGACCAGUGGUGUGCCUGUGUCAAUACUCUGUGAUUCCUUCUGAAGACACAAGAGAUUCAUGCUUAGAAAGAAAUGUGGAGUGUUACUGUACUGAUAGGCAGCCACAGGGAGAUCUCUGUUUGUAAGAAGUUGUUUAAAAGUACAACAGAGACAAAAUAUAGAAGGCUGAUUGUUACCCUUAGUGCAAAGAAACAACUUACAAAGAAUCAACUGGUAGAAAACUAAUGCAAUAAUGUAAGGAUUACCUUAAUUCUGGUAUUUCUGUUCAUCUGUGAAGAGCUUUAAUUAGAGAUUAUGCCUUUGAGACUAGAUUGUGUCCAUGUGCAACAAUGUUAAGCUGAUAUCAUAAAUUGAAAGCAGUUGUUUUGGUUAUCUCAAAUAAAGCAAUUUGUGGACAUGUUCAAGCAUGUCAUGGGUGGCUUAACGGGCUUAUAAAAGGACAAAGAAGAAAGCAGGUUAGAAAGAGGUUUUUUGAGUGCUUGACCUAACAAGUGGAGUCAAGGUUUUUGAAUCCUGCUGGUUUUUCCUGCCUGUAGUAAUUCAGCUUGUCUCUUUGGACCUGGGCAUAAAGCGAACCUGGGGGUUCCAGUGCUUUCAGUUGCAGUGCCUUUACAGCUUCUAAAAUUUCUUGCAGAUUGAAAUGCAAUUUAUUGUAGUUCCAGUUGGCACAUGGGAUGUCUGACUUACUAUGAACUGCUCUGUGUUCUGUGAAACACUGAGCAAUGUGAAGUUGAAUACAAGUUGACAGCACCUUGACAUUCAGUGCAGUUUUCAUUAUCUAUCCAAAAUAAAUAUAUUAUUAGGGCUGCAGAACAGUUGUUUUCAGCACCUUGCCCUUGUAUGUACUCUUUAUAAGCAAUACAGCUAUGUCACAUGUACCUCCUGUUUUUACUAGAAUUUUCGAUGCUGUCCCAAAUAUUAAGGUAAAUUUUAAUUUAGUUUGUGCUGAGACAUCCUUUUGAAUUCAAUUAAGAUUUAUUAGGGAUCAAAGUUGCUUUAAAUCAGAACAUGUAAGCUGAUUUUCUCUCAGUUUUUUCCUUUAAUGCUCAAAAUAGUCUGUUUGAAAUAUGCAUGUCUUUUAAAUUUCAGUGAUAAUUCAAGUAUUUUGUUUCUUAACAGAGUUUGGAGGCAAGGCUUGUGUUUUUAGAAUAAGUUGUAUAAUCAUAGAACCGCCAAGGUUGGAGAACACCUCCAAGUCCAUCCAGUCCAGCCAUCAGUGUACCCCCAGUAUUUCCCACUAGCCAUGUCCCCCAGUACAACAUCUCAAUGUUUCUUGAACACCUCCAGGGAUAGUGACUCCACCACCUCCCUGAGCAGCCCAUCCUAGCACCUGACCACUUCUUUGGAGGAAAAAAAAGUUCAUAAUAUGCAACUUGACCUUGCUCUGGUGCAGUUUGUGGCCUUUCCCUCUAGUCCUGUCCCUACUUACAUGGGAGAAGAAGCCAACCCUCAGCUGACCACAGCCUCCUGUCAGGCAGUUGUAGAGAGCAACAAGGUCUCCCCUGGGCCUCAUCCAGAAUGAACAAUCCCAGUUCCUCAGGCACACCCCAUAAGACUUGUGUUCCAGACCCCUCACAGCUUUGUUGCCCU